AUGGUGUGGUAUGGCCAAUGCAUUCCAAGACACGCUUUCCUCCUUUGGUUAGUUCUAAAAAAUAAACUCAAGACGCAGGAUAGACUGGCGGUUUGGGAAGCUGGGAGUGAGACAAAUUUAAGACUUAUGUGCUGCCCUCUUUGCAACUAUGGACGGGACUCGAGGGAUCAUUUGUUCUUUCAAUGCUCUUUUUCGGCUAAAGUUUGGAAUAUUGUCAAGACGAGAACGGAUCUGAAAUAUGUUGAUGACCAUUGGAGCUCUAUUGUGGGAUGGAUAGAACAUAAUACGAGUUCAAAGACGCUGGCUCACAUUGUUAGUAAGCUUGUUCUUGCGGCUGCUACAUACUUCAUAUGGAAAGAAAGGAACAAUCGGUUGUUUUCUAAUAUACGCAAUAAGGAAGAGAUGGUGGCUCAAUCUAUUUUUGAUACGGUUCGACUUCGUAUUAUGGGGUUCAAGAUCGGUCGGGACGUGCAUAGCAGGAAGCUUUUGGAAGUGUGGGAAAUAAAGGAGGACGAUCCGGGCUAA